AUGCCCCCACCCCCGUUCUCCCCCUCCUUAGUCAGUCUUGCCCUCAUCCAACUGGCUGUCACAUCCCGCAGUUCGCAAAGAAACCAGGCAGGGGAGAGUGAUCUAUCCAAGAUCAAUAAUUGGAUCUCCUACGACCCCGCGCGCUUUCCCAGGUACCUGCCCGAGGCCUACUGCCUGUGCCGGGGCUGCCUGAUGGGGCUCUUCGGGGAGGAGGACUUCCGCUUCCGCAGCACGCCGGUGUUCGUGCCCGCCGUGGUCCUGCGCCGCACGCCGGCCUGCGCGGGAGGCCGCGCCGUCUACGCGGAGGACUACGUCACCAUCCCGGUGGGUUGCACCUGUGUCCCCGAACCCGACAAGGAGGCGGGCAGCAUCAACUCCAGCAUGGACAAACAGGCCGCCAAGCUCUCGCUAGGCCCCAGCGACAAGCCCGCCGGCCCCUAG